AUGAGCGAUAUAAUUUCUACCAGUGAUAUGCCGGUUACUGAAGCAAAGAAUGGCACUGAUGGCACUAGAAGUGCAGAGGUGAAGGGGUGGCUUGCCUCUCAAUUCGAUGCGGCUGGUAAAGAUGUUUCUGAAUUUGAAUAUUUUCCUCCCAGUAUUGGUCAUUUGUACAAUAUAGCCACUGUUUCCUUGGCCAAGACCAUCUUUGCUAACAAUUUCCGCCAGAAAUCCAUCGAGUAUCGUGCCCAAGGUCUGUGUUUGAAUGUGGGGCUAGCACAGGAGAGCUUGCCCUCAAAUGUAGUUGGUUCGGCUAAAGUUUUUGCAAAUGUGGCAAACUUGUUGAACAUAAGAGAUACUGAACUAAGUAGUUUUCUUAUAGAUGGGGAUAUUUCCUUGAGAAAGACUGAGGUGGAGGAAAAGAGGGCUAAAGCGCAGGAGUCCAAAUAUCUUGAUUACACUUGGAAGGCAAUAGCUAGACUUAACUAUUUAAAAAGAAUGCUUGGAAAACUUGAGGAUGAUGUAGUUCCUUGCAAAGCUCAAAUGGAAAACUGGAAGACAAGCCUGGCAGUUAUGGCAUCAAAGAAGCGGCAAUAUCUGCAACAAUAUUCUAAUUAAAAGGCACUUCUUAACCGUGUGGGCUACACACUAGAGAUCAACCAUGGAGUAUUAGCUGAAAUGGCCAAACACAGAAAGGACUUGGAGAAGAAAACAAAGCCCAUCCUGGAUAUUUUGAGUUACCAGGACUUAAUACAGGAAAAAGCCUUGGCUGCUCUGGCAAUAGAGGACAAGAAAAGAUAGUAUGCUGCUGCUGAGAAGUAUCUUGAAGAUGUAUUGCAUUCAGCCCUUGCCACUGCUGAUUAAAUACCUUGCAUAUAGAUGAUUGUUGUAUUCUUGUAUUUGUUCAGGUAUAUGUUUUCUGCUAUUACAGAAACUAUGAAGUGAUUGUCUCUGAUGUGCCAACGAUACUUCCA